AUUGAAAUCACACGCAGAAGCAGAAGGGAUAUAAUAUAUAUAUAUAUAUAUAUAUCUAUAAUUCGAAGAAUAAGGUGUAGUGUUUGAUCCCAUUGAUAGAUUAUUGAGCUCUGAGUUAAGAUAUCAUGUCGGUAAAACCAACGGUUGCAUUAAGAGCCAUACUUGUAGGAGGAAUUGCUGCAUUUGCUAAAAUUGGCGGUGCAAUGAAAGCUGCCGGUGGAGCAAAGAUUGGCGCUGCAGCUGCUGCUGUGACUGCUGCAGCAACCGCAGCCGUUUCAGGACCAAAACAAGACCCAAAGACUGCUCCUCCACAAUCUUCAAAAUGAAAUCUUCAUGCUGCAAAUCGAUCCCCCGUCUAUUUUGGGGAAGAAAGUGCUGAUUUGUGCAUUUCUACAAUAAGAUGUGUAACAAUUAGUUAGCCUUUGUAGCUUAGCAGCUUUUGGCAGUCAAGGAUUAGAUCGAACUGGUCUUUUUGUACAUUGCAAGGAGAGUAGAAUACAAAAUUAGGUUUAAAGAAUAUUAGUGCUAUGUUUUAGACUUGAAUUUUUAGCAGACAAAAUUUUGUAAAGUUUUUAACUGAGAG